CACUGGUUUGAGAUGGCUAAAAAAAAUAGCGGAAGUCCUCUGUCGUCCCUAAGUUCUGAUUCUCUUCAUCUGAUUCCCAACUUUGUUCAUCUCGAGGAGCGUUUUAAAUGCCCAGUAUGUUUAGAGGUGCUAAAAAAUGCUGUUCAGACCUCCUGUGGUCAUCGCAUGUGUGAAGAAUGUAGUUUAAGUAUUUUUGCAAAAGGAGAACCAGCCCAGUGCCCAGCAUCAGAUCCUGAAGAACCAUGCGAACCAAUUUACAAGAAACAGCUCUUUCGAGAUGCAAGUGCAAGACGUGAAAUUCGUCAAGUCCCAGUCUACUGUCAGAAUCGUGCACAGGGCUGUACGGUGACUGUACCUUGGAGAGACUUGGAAAGCCACAUGUCAAAGUGCCCAUACCAAGGACUUGAAUGUCCAAACAAGCAGUAUGGGUGUAAGGAAGUUAUUCCUUCUAAAGAUAUGGAUCGGCAUGUUCAGUCGGCAUGUCAGUUUCGUCAGAUCACUUGCAGACAUUGUAAGACACAGUAUCCUGUCAAAGAUGAUAAGAAACACCACGAGGAGGACUGCCCAGAGACUAUUAUCCAUUGUCCAUUUAAAUGUGGAGCACAACCUAUGGCUAGAAAAGAUUUGAAUGAACACAGCAAAUCAUGCCCCCAAAAGCCCCAUGAAUGUCGUUUCAAGUCUGCAGGCUGUACGUUUGUGGGAACAGAAGCUGAUAUUGAAGAGCACAUCAAGAAGAGUGUAAAUGAACACCUUGAGCUAGUUACUAUGUACACAGGCAGUAUGGAGCUGCAGAGUUUUGAAAUUCGAUCACAGUUACAGGAAAUCACCCAGCAGAGAGAUGCCCUCCGUGGAGAGCUGACAGCUAGAAGUCAGGAGAAUGAGGAACUGAAAGGGAAAGUGGGAUCUCUAGAGAAAACACUCAAGGAAUUGAGGGUUAAGAUGGUUGGUUUGACAGAAAGAACUAUCAUUCUUGAGAGAAGGUUGGAAGAGCUGCCAAGAAAAGAACAGAUUGAACAGCAAAGUAGAGACCUACAGGCACUGAAACAACGUACAGAGGAGCUUCAAGGACAGGUUAUGAAUGCAGAGGGAGGUUCAGCUAUAGCAAGAUAUGGAAGCCUUUCGACUAUGGCUGGUAAUGGCCAUUGGAUUUUGAAUUUGAUGAUUUUGACAGCUGAUUUCUAUACCCAGGGCAAACAUAAUAAACACCCACACAUAACAAACAACAAUGCUGCACAUUGUUCUGCUCAGUGGAAACAUUCAGAAAUAUACCAUGGAAUGCCAAUAGCAAAAACUUCAAUAGAACUUUUGGUUGUCAUGAAAAUGAAGUGUUUAUUAUAUGCAACAUGUAAGAACAGUAAUGAUUGUUUACAGGAAAAUGCUCUAUCUGAUAUAUCUAAGUGGGAAGCUGGUAGGAAUUGUAAUUUCCAUGAAUUUAAAGUUUAUGUUUGUCAUUUCUUUACAGAUGCCUUUACAACUCAACUGGCAGCACAUGACCGACAAAUUGGUAUCCAUGAUGUGCGAAUUGCAGAAAUGGAUCUGAGAUUUCAGAUUUUGGAAACUGCCAGCUAUGAUGGGGUCCUGCUGUGGAAGAUCCGAGACUACACGCGCCGCAAGCAGGAGGCUGUGAGUGGGAGAACCCUGUCACUCUACAGCCAGCCAUUCUACACCAGCAAGUAUGGAUACAAAAUGUGUGCGAGGGUCUACCUGAACGGCGAUGGCAUGGGCAAAACAACACACGUGUCAUUGUUCUUUGUCAUCAUGCGUGGCGAGUACGACUCUCUCCUUCCCUGGCCGUUCCAGCAGAAGGUCACCCUCUACUUGCUGGACCAAGGAGUGGAGCGGCGUCAUCUGAGCGAUCAUUUCCACCCUGAUCCCAGUAGCAGCAGCUUCCGCAAGCCCCAGACCGAGAUGAACAUCGCAUCUGGGUGUCCUCUGUUUGUCAGCCAUUCUGUCCUGGAGAACCCGACAAACAACUACUUGAAAGAUGACACAAUCUUUAUCAAGAUUGCAGUUGAAACAGCAAAUUUACGUAUUGUUUGAAACAAGCAACAUGUCUCAAGAGAAAUUGCCUCUGGAUGAUUAUCCAAACAGAGAGCAGAAAGUUUGUGUUUCAAUGUAUGUCAUAAAAAAAGGCAUGAGGUGUAGGAGUCAAAAUUACUGAAACCUUUCUGUAAGAUGAUUGUAGUUUAGAAAUGUUAAAAAAUUAUGUAGCUGAAGCUAAAGGGCAUUUAGACAGGAGCUACCAAAUCAAAUCCACCCAUAUAUUUGUUAAUCAUUGAAAUUCCUUAUCCAAAUAUAUAUCAAAUCUACAUAACCAUUCUACCC